AUAGACGUCCUGCCGAUAACUUCCUUUGAACUAUUGGCUGCAAAACAUAGCACAUUGCCAUUCCCUUUCUGGAAUGAGCACUAUACAAAUUGAAGCACCUUUUCACCAAAACGCUUGUCUAGUUAAUUUGCAAAGCUUGGGAGCUGACGUGGGUCACGCGGUUCCCUCACGCUGCGAUAGCAACGGGACAGACGAGAUGAUGUCUGCUUCAGACUUGAGCUCGGUUGGAGAAGAGUUGGGUUUAGAUUUACCGUUGGCGGGAGACGAGGGCAAUGGCAUCCUCGACCUCGAUACGGUACUGAAGUUCUUUGCCACGGACAAGCCGGAUUCCCUGCUUUCUACACACAAGCACCAGUUCAUCCGCCGCAUAUCGGGGACCGGGUUGGCUCCCUGGGAGAUCCACCGGCCUCAGAAGUUUGUCCGUGAGUUAGCUGUACGACACGCCUUCAGCGGGCGAGUGCUGGACGUCGGUUGCGGCAUCGGCGACAAUGCGCUCUACAUCGCUCGCGCCUGCCCCUCCGCGCGCGUCAUUGCCGUGGACGUCGUACCCCGCUGUCUGGACUUUUGCGCUGCCAAGGCCAGCCUACGCGGCAUGUUGGGUUCCGUCACCUUUGCCGCUGCGGACAUGACCGCCGCAGGGACGUCCCUCGCUGCUGCUGCUGCCGCCAGCACUGCCGUCACGACAACCACCAGUCCUAGCAGCAGCACUGCCGAUACGACCACCACUCCUCCUCCCGCUGCCGCAACCACUACCACCCCCAGCAACGCCACGGAAUCCGCCCCUGCAGGCAGCAGCACCGCCACCACUACCAGCAGCAGCAGCAGCCAUAACGGGCUUUGCGCCAGCGGCAGUGCUGGCGGUAGCGACAGCAGCGAGGCUAGCGGCGGAUUGCCUGAGGAGCUCCGCGGCGUGCUGUUCGAUGUGGUCCUGGACUCCUUCACCUUCCAAACCCUGGGCGACGGCGACCGGGAGCGUUACGCGGCGGUGCUGCGGACGCUGCUGCGGCCGGGCGGUGUGCUGUACCUGAGCGCGGUGAGCGAGGAGGAGACGCGGACUGGCUGGUUCCGGAGGGUGCGGGCAGCCGACGUGCACACCUGCUUCCCGCGGGCAGCUGGGUGGGAGGUGGAGCUGUGCGAGGUGUCCUGCAUUGAGACGCACCCCAGCUUCUGGGAGGGAAGCGGCAAGACGCGAGUGUACACGAUCCGGCGGCUGGCUGCGUGAAUGGGCGGGUUGAGUGGGCGGAACGCUGUUAGGACUGCUGGCGGCUGCUGCGGGUGCUGGUGCUUGCCGGUGUGCCUUGCAUGGCCGCGGCUGCUGGUUCCAGCGGGUUUGCUGCUUGGCUGCUAUCUGAAGGAUUCUGUCAGGACUUACUAGCCGCGCAACAGUUGGUGAAGCAACAGUUGCUGCUGCUGCUGCGUGUCAGCAUCGGCCGCAUCGGGCCCUUACCGGCAAGGCGGGCCGACAAACGCAUCAGCUGUACUGCUGCUGCUGCUGCACGCACAAACCUAACCUAGGUGCGAACCUCCACGUCAUAUAUCUUUGCGCAUCUUGGCAUCUUGGAAGCUUCUAAGGGUUGUAUAAUCAAAACUGGCCGCGAGGGGUGUGCCUUUUGAAAUGCAUAUGCGCUUUGCUGGUAAGGGAGCUGGGGGCUACCGCUACCUGCGUGCGAGAUGCACGAGAUGUUUUGUUCCGGGGAAGCUGCGGCGCAUGGAGCCGGCGGGAGAGGGGCUUGGCCCUGCAGAGGAAUGCCCGUCGGGAAGCCUGCCCUUGGUGGGACCCGCGCUUGACAGCACGGGUCUCCCGCUUACAGGAUUGCUUCUGCUGAUAAUGCGGCGGAAAUGGUGGUGCGGGCAAUAAGAUCAGCGAGAUGCACACCCGUCGGGAUCACGUAGCCUUGUUGCCAAGCGCUGCGCCCUAUUGCACUGCAGUAAACGUGGUAAUACUGAGACGGUACAGCGCUGAAACAGGUGAGCUGUGAGGCGACCGCAUGCGUGUAUCAGGACUUGUGCAUGCAUGUGCGGUGUGUUGUGUUUGUCCAUGAGUAAGAUGAGUAGGGCGUGCAGGGCCCAGUGGGUGGCAUGGAGGUGUCAGGUAGGAAGGCAGGAGAUCAUGUCGGUGGGGCGGGGGUGGGAGCGGAGGGAGUUGUCGAUGCGGGCUAUGCACCAGGUCUUGUGUCCUGUGUCCUGUUUCAUCCGUCGCCCUUACCCCUGCGUGGAUAGCGGCGCACGUUUCUCCUCGUUUUGGACAGCAGCAGCGGCAGCUCUAUCGUUUUGCGAGGAGGUCGGGGUUGUUGCCCUGUGGAUUCCUGUUGAACCCAGGAAGCGGUAUCAUUCGUAUCAAGGAGGGCAUUAUUAUCAAGGAGGGCAGGUCGAGGGCUGUAUCAUUUGGGUCGUCCAAGGGGUGCUCAAGAGCGUCAGCGGGCGGUUUUUAGUCGUGUUUCGCGACUGUGUGCUCGUAGGGAAAGCUGAGACGUGACGGACAACGCGUCAUAUCGGUAUAAUAUCGGUAUAAUACACAAGUGGCGCCGCAAAGAGUCCUCAACUAGGCCGGGAACCUCUGCGGGAAUAGUUAUAAUAUGCGUGCGUGCGGUUGUCUUUGGCUGGGUAGUAGACGCUGUGUUUUGCGACGACACAUUUCUCCAGUCACUGCGGCCGGGAUACAGGGUGCAGGGGACUCGGGGAAAUACUUUUGCGGUGAUCCUUGGUUGUGGUGAUGAUGUGGUGCGGUUGUUACGUGCGUUUCUCCUGGAUCCUGAGUUUUCCUCCGUACAUUCGUACCCUCUUUCCGGGGCUGCAAGGCUCCCCUGGGUUUUCACGUCGCAGCUAUGACCGUCGUGCAGCUGAUGGUGCGGCGAGUGGUGGCGUUAAUCUAUAACGGCUGCGGUUGCAUCUUGCAUGUUGAUACGGUGUUAGGACAAACGUGCCGUGCUGGGACAAACGUACGAUUCAUUUCAUAGUUUUGCCGUGGACUCGAUCGCCUUUUGAGCUCGAUUCAUUCCUUCGGAUUGCACGAGAUUCGCCGUGCCCCAUACGCAAUCGAAUGUUUGGGGAAGACUGCGACAGUGAUGGUUGUACGACGGUUGACCUAGGGUUGAUGCAUCCUUCUCCAGCGUAGAGCAUUUACCUCGGCGCCCACUGCUGAUCUGUUCCACUACCCUGGUACUGAAUGGCAGAGACGAGGGGGCAUACCUGUGAGUCAAGAACGCACGUCUGUAAUUGUAACGCUAGUUGGGAGGCCGUG